CCAGGGGCGGGGCCAAACUUCUAAUACCGGAAGUUCAACCGAUCUGCAUAGUAAAAGUCGAGUUACAGUUGACCCGUUUUCGACAACACAAACGAUGAGUAUUUAUUGUUGGAAUAAAAUACUUUAUGUGAAUGUAAAACUGUGUUGUUGACAAAAAGAAAUUACGUUUUAAAAUGAAACCACUGUCAUUUGUCACUGAAGGGGAGGGACCUAUCCGAAUACCACAUUUAGGAGCAAACGGCCCUUCAACAGUCCAUACGACGCUGUCUUUGAUGUAAAUUCGUGUGCUUUGAUGUCAACGAAAUGGCUUGCAUUACAAAGCCAUCGAAAGUUAACGUAAUAAGAACCUCCCGGUGGUGUUGCGUGAUGCCGCUGUUGGUUAUCGUCGCGGGUGUAUUUUCAGCUCCGUUCGUGUGUAGUCUACGCGUCUCCUCGCACAACAGCGCCCCCCUUCAUCGCGAAGGCCGCUGUGGUCAAAUACACCCGUCCGGUGAAAACAGCUCUUGUGGUGACAGCGCGAAGGGUCUGCAGUCCUUCAGGGCGCCAUCCGAGCGGCCGACGCCGAAUGGCCUCCCCCUCCACACAUGGCCGUGUAAGCGAGGAUGCGACUGCCCAGUUCCAUCUUUGUGUCGGUGUGUCUGUUCACGGCCGAGACCACUGCGGCUAUCUACCUGAGCACCACGUACACGUCUUCGGGGGACCAGGUCUGGCUGUCACUCACCCUGCUCUUCACGCUGGUGCCGUCGGUGCUGGUGCAGCUGGCCCUCACCUUCGUCCACCGGGACCUGAGCCGAGACAAGCCGCUCACCCUUCUGCUGCACAUCCUGCAGCUCGGACCCGUCAUAAGGUGUCUGGAGGCGUUCUGGCUCUACGGCAGCGAGGGCCGCGUGGAGGAGCCCUAUGUCAGCAUCACCAGGAAGAAGCAGUUGCGCCGCAGGGGCCACACUGAGGAAGUGGAGCAUCAGGUGGGACAGGCUGAAGGCAAGCUGAUCAGGCACCGGGCGGCGUUCGCGCGCACCUCCGUCAUCCAGGCCUUCCUGGGCUCCGCCCCCCAGCUCAGCCUGCAGCUCUACAUCUGCAUACUAGAGCGAGGCCUGUCUGUCGGACGAGUCACUCUGAUGGUCAUCUCGCUGCUCUCCAUCGUGUACGGAGCCCUGCGCUGCAACAUCCUGGCCAUCAAGAUCAAGUAUGACGACUAUGAAGUGCAUGUGCAGCCCAUGGCCUACAUGUGCAUCAUCCUGUGGCGCGGCUUUGAGAUCACUACCCGCGUUUUGGUGCUGGUCCUCUUCAGCUCCGUGCUAAAGAUAUGGGUGCUGCCUGUGGUGGUCGUCAACUUCCUGCUCUUCUUCUUCUACCCGUGGAUCCUCUUCUGGAAGAGCCACUCGCCCUUCCCGGAGAACAUCGAAAAGACGCUGUCGCGCCUGGGCACCACCAUCACGCUGUGCAUGCUCACCUUACUGUACGCCGGCAUCAACAUGUUCUGCUGGUCGGUAGUGCAGGUGAAGCUUGCCGACCCGGACCUGAUCAGCAAGUCUCAGAACUGGUACCGCAUGGCCGUGUUCUACAUGCUGCGUUUCAUCGAGAACGCCUCGCUGCUGCUGCUGUGGUACAUCAACAGGACGGACUUCUACCUCUUCCUGUGGGCCCCGCUGAUUAUGUCCCUGCUGCUGCUGGCCUACACCUUCGCCGUAUUCUUCAUGCUGGUCUUCUACCAGUUCUACCACCCGUGUCGGAGUCUCUUCACCUCCAGCAUGACUCACGGCAUCAGGGACUGUUGCGCCCUCCUCUGCCUGCCAUGCAGCUCUGCGGAGGAAGGCGACAAGCCCGGCAAGGAGCCCGGGGCAGCUGACGAUGACGUGCGCUGUGACAUUCCUGAAGACACGCACGGCGCAGACACGGUGAACGGCGACGUCGGCCGUGCUUUGUCGCCUUAAAAGUGCCGUUCCGGUUCCUCCCUAGGUUUACACAUCAUCCAACUUUUUUCUGUGUGGGCAAAAGUAUUGAGACAUCUGACUGUGAACACUUCCAGGAAGUGGAAAUGGAAGACGGACUUUGUCACCCUGUUUGCGAUGUGGCUGAGUGACUUUUUUUUGUCCAUUUGUGAGGUCACGGAUGCUCACCGUCAGUGAUCUCGUCCACCCCAAAGCUGGUUCUUGUGUAGUUUUUCCACACCAAACUCAUCCAAACAUGCCUUGUGAUGGACCUUGCUUUGUGCACAGAAAAACUCUGCCUUUUUUCAGCAUUAAUGUCGCCAAUGUGGGAUGGUAGAAGAUGAAUUCAAUCCUCCGUUUUUACCCAGACUGUUCUCACAAGCUUUAAAUCACAACCCCCCCCCGACUCUACCUUGAAAAGCCCACAUUUGUUGUACCUUUUCUUGUAUGAACAGCACCAAGGUAGAAUGUGAAUGUUAAAUUCCACCCACCGUUGUCCCCCAAACUGCUCACACAAUAUUGGAAUUAGAAUUAGACACUUCAAUACUGCCUGUAAAAGCAGACAUUCUCCACCUUUUUUCAUUGUUUUGUACAAACAGCACCACAUCAUAACCCCCCAUUAAGACUGCCUUGAACAGCCAACAUUUUUUAGCCUUUUUUUGUAUAAACAGCACCAAUGCAGAAUGUGACGGCUGAAUUCCAUGCGCCAUUGUUCCCCAAUCUGCUCCCGCAAUGUUGGAUUUGUAAGACUUGCAUCCUGUAAAAGCUGACUUGGUUAAAUGCUUCUGCUGCAGCUCUUGGUUUUGCAGGAGCUCUUGCAGGUGGUCCAAAGAUGAGUCCAACUCAUGAUUAAUGAAUUAAGAGGCAUAGCCCAACACUUUUGCCCAUAUUUGGCAUGCAGCUAUGUGUGCAUGGAGCCUCCUGUUUUCAACCCCGCUUUUAUCGGUUUUAUGGCUGCAAGCAACCAGCGAUGAAAGCUUUAGAAUACGUGCUGCUGUUGUGGCACACAGUAUUUGUGCUUGAAAAUCACUAAAUACUGUAUAUAACACUGAUAUUUUUGGCACAAACGAUAAAAGAAAAUCGAUCAAAAAUCCCAAGCAGGGAUUGUGAGUGAAAAUGAUUUCAUUGCAUCCUUCCAGCUUCUUGUCUGUCAGCUGUGUGAAAAGAAAUUAAUUUUGUAUGGAGAAAUGUAUUUUUGCUUUUGUUUCAGUGAUUUUGUUGUUUAUUGCACAGGUUUUUGGAGCUCAACCAGAUGGAGUGGCGUGAAAGGAUGAAAUACUGCUUAAAAGAUUCAAUAAUUGUAAGUUUAUACUUCAACUACUUAUUCUUACAUUACCACAGUCCUAUGAUGCCCUCAAGUGGCCAAAAGCAGAACGGCACACUUCAUUGAUGUGCAGUUAUUGUUUAUCGCCUCGUUUAUGUUCCCCAAAUAGCCACCAGUAAGUGAAAUCCGCGAAGUAGCCAACUGUGUUUGCAAUUAUGUUUUCAGGCAUGAACAUUUUCUCACAUUUGUCUCUUGUUUAAACACUCUCAAAGUUGAAAUUUCUUUUGAAAUUGAAUGAUCAAUCUACAGAAAUUAAGUGACUCAAGUGUAUUCACUCCAUUGACCGUGCCUCGUACUGGCGCCAUUCAGCUGUAGCGUUUUUGUGUCUUGUUAAAACACAUUCCUCCUGCCUUCGUUCUCCUCCUCGAAACAAAGAUUAAUUUAGCCAGAUAGCUUCUUCGAUUGUUUAUUGGCGGUCAGCAAGCAGCUCACAGUUAGCUAGUUCGCUAGCGACUAUUGACCACAACAGGAAACGACACAAAGGAGGUUGAUUGACAAUGGUCUACAGCCAAUCAGGACGCAGAACACAAAAAUACAAUCAUGAUCGUUUUCUUGGUCAAUUCAUCUGAAGUUUGUUGUUUCAAUUAACGGAGUGAUCGUGAGGCCGUAGAUGGAGCAAAUGAAUAUGAAGCCUACCUUUCCAAAGUCAAAGCUGAUGUGUGGCUCAAACACAAAGAUAAUAGCUCUGCUUGCAUCAAUGACAUAAGGAAACUAAAAUAUAUUCACAUUUCAGAGGCUGAAAUCAGGAUAUUUAAAUCCAAAAAAUGAUUACUGGAUUACCAAAAUAGGUGUCAAUUAGUUGGGUAAUGGAUUAAUGGUUGCAGCUCUACAAAGGAUGUAGGUUAUUUAUAAGGGGAAAUCACCUUUAUUUCACUAGAGACACUGUUCAAAUCAACAAAUGUACACAAAUUCUGACCAUACAAGUAAACAUCUCAAAAUCUUUCUACAUUUAAAGUACUAUCACAACAUGAACAGUAGUUUGGUGAGUCUUCCAAAGCCUGCAGCCGUUUCAGCGCAGUUUUAUUUUGGAAUGUAAUGAAUGAGACGUCACAAAAAGCUGAGGGAUCGCCGCAGGAAGGGUUUGAUUCUUUGCUGACCACAAAGUGACUCCCGGAGGCGUCGGAAUGAUCACACAAAAGAGCAACACCGGGCCUCAUUGUUGCAUCCUGAACGUGCUUCCUUCCGUUUGCCCUGAAUUGGAAAUAAGUUACUGCCAAAGUUGAGGAUGAUAAUGGGCGGGUGAUGGCGUCACAGCUGCAAGGCCACGGCAAAGACGCACACCACGCAAUACAUGGUGCGGUUCUCCCAUCGGACUGUGCAGCUUCCUAAAAGACACAUGGCAUUAGAACAUCCAAGUAUGACAGGACAGCCCUGCUAUUUCUAAAGGACCUGCUGCAUUUUAUGUUUGAUUCUGUGUACAAAGAGUAUAAGUGUGAUGAUAACCAUAGAACGGGGAACCGAACUUAACUGCACAUCUCUGUACUGGCUGCUCAGUACAAUAUGGCUAAAGUGACACUAUGUUGACAUCAAUAAGUGAGUGAAGAGACAAGCGUUAACUACGCACUCGUUAUUGGCGACUUCAUGUCUUAAGUGUUUUUUUUUGUACAUUAGUGCCGUUAACUUCUUUUUACACCUGCAUAAAAGUUAAAAUGUUAAAUCCUACAGGAAAUAUUGCAUGCAAGAAUACUACUGCUACACUUUUAAUUGCAUUUUAAUUUUAUUAUACCGUGGUUAACUUCUUUUUACACGACCGUUAACAUUACAUUGCCACUUAAAACAUUGCCUGUAUAGUCAAUUAAGGUUUACGAUGGCCACAGUUUGACCCUGGAACAGAUUUUUUUCGAUUCCCAUUAUUUUCUAUGGCAAAAAUUGCUUUUAAGUCCAAACCAAAUGGAAGUGGACCAGCAUCCUGUGUGCUUACUUACCGUCCGUGGUGUUGUCCCAGUAGCAGGAGUUGGCCGUGUGGAGACUGGCACUGCUCUUCUGCAUGAUGGUGCAGUUAACUACCAGAAAACACCCACUUCUGGUGAACCACGCCAACGCAGCAUGCACAACUAUGUACGUUAUGU